GGAGGCGGAGGCGACGACGGGGUGCUGAGCGGAACGUGCCGGCUCUGCGCGAUGGGGUCGCGCGUGCGCUCCCCUCUGGGGACCCUCGGCGUGCCCUGGCUGCUGCUGUGUGGCCUGCUGGGCCCGGCUCUCGGGGAGUGGUCAGGCUUUCAACAGACAUUACAUCUCUCUUCUUAUGAAAUUAUAACUCCUUGGAGAUUAACUAGAGACAGAAGAGAAGCCCCAAGGCCCUAUUCAAAACUGGUGUCUUAUGUCAUCCAAGCUCAAGGAAAGCAGCAUAUUAUUCAUUUGGAAAGAAACACAGACCUUUUGCCUAAAGAUUUUGUAGUUUAUACCUACGACAAGAAAGGGACUCUGAUCUCUGACCAUCCCAAUGUACAGAACCAUUGUCAUUAUCGGGGAUAUGUGGAAGGAGUUUCUAACUCAUCUGUUGCUCUUAGUGACUGUUUUGGACUCAGGGGAUUGCUACAUUUAGAAAAUGGCAGUUUUGGGAUUGAACCUCUGCAGAACAGCUCUCACUUUGAGCACAUACUGUAUCCAAUGAAUGAUGUCCACAAAGAGCCUCUGAAAUGUGGAGUUUCUAACAAAGAUACAGAGAAGGAAACCACAGAGGAUGGCGAGGAGGAGCCUCCCAGCAUGACUCAGCUACUACGUAGAAGAAGAGCUGUCCUACCACAAACCCGAUAUGUGGAGCUGUUCAUCGUUGUAGACAAGGAAAGGUAUGACAUGAUGGGAAGAAAUCAGACCGCUGUUAGAGAAGAGAUGAUUCGCUUAGCAAACUAUUUGGAUAGUAUGUAUAUUAUGCUAAAUAUUCGAAUUGUCCUUGUUGGGCUAGAGAUCUGGACAGAUAGAAACAUGAUCAACAUCAUUGGAGGUGCUGGUGAUGUGUUGGGGAAUUUUGUACAGUGGCGGGAAAAGUUCCUUAUAGCACGUCGGAGGCACGACAGUGCACAGUUAGUUUUGAAGAAAGGCUUUGGUGGGACUGCAGGAAUGGCAUUUGUGGGAACAGUGUGUUCAAGGAGCCACGCUGGUGGGAUUAAUGUGUUUGGGCAAAUCACUGUGGAGACAUUCGCAUCCAUUGUUGCUCAUGAGUUGGGUCAUAAUCUUGGAAUGAAUCAUGAUGAUGGGAGAGAGUGUUUCUGUGGAGCAAAGAGCUGCAUCAUGAACUCAGGAGCAUCAGGUUCCAGAAACUUCAGCAGUUGCAGUGCAGAGGACUUUGAGAAAUUAACUUUAAAUAAAGGAGGAACCUGCCUACUGAACAUCCCAAAGCCUGAUGAAGCUUACAGUGCACCCUUCUGUGGGAAUAAGCUGGUGGACCCCGGGGAAGAAUGUGACUGUGGAACCCCAAAGGAAUGUGAGACGGACCCGUGCUGUGAAGGAAGAACUUGUAAGCUUAAGUCAUCUGCUGAAUGUGCAUAUGGCGACUGUUGUAAAGACUGCCAGUUUCUUCCAGAAGGUUCUUUGUGCCGAGGAAAAAAUAAUGAAUGUGAUCUUCCUGAGUACUGCAAUGGCUCUUCUCAGUUCUGUCAGCCGGAUGUUUUUAUUCAGAAUGGAUACCCAUGCCAGAACAACAAGGCCUACUGUUACAAUGGCCUGUGCCAGUACUACGAUGCUCAGUGCCAAGUCAUCUUUGGUUCAAAAGCCAAGGCUGCUCCGAGAGAUUGUUUCAUUGAUGUGAAUUCUAAAGGUGACAGAUUCGGCAACUGUGGUUUCUCUGGCAGUGAAUAUAAGAAGUGUGCUACCGGGAAUGCCUUGUGUGGAAAGCUUCAGUGUGAGAAUGUACAGGAGAUGCCCGUGUUUGGAAUAGUACCUGCUAUUAUUCAGACACCCAGUCGAGGCACCAAAUGCUGGGGUGUAGAUUUCCAGCUGGGGUCCGAUGUUCCAGAUCCAGGGAUGGUGAAUGAAGGUACAAAAUGUGAUGAUGGAAAGAUUUGUAGGAAUUUCCAGUGUGUGAAUGCGUCUGUCCUGAAUUAUGACUGUGAUAUUCAGGAAAAGUGCCACAGCCACGGGGUGUGUAACAGCAAUAAGAACUGUCACUGUGAACAAGGCUGGGCUCCCCCAAACUGUGAGGCCAAAGGAUAUGGAGGAAGUGUGGACAGUGGACCGACAUAUAAUGGAAAGAGUGUGGCGCUGAGGAAUGGACUGCUGGUGGUGUUCUUCCUCAUUCUCCCCCUUGCUGCAUUAGCUGCCUUCCUCUUUAUCAAGAGACACGACCUACGGAAAAGCUUCUUCAGAAAGAAGAGAUCACAAACAUAUGAAUCAGAUGUCAAGAAUCAAGCAAGUGUUUCUAGACCUCCAGUGAAUGCUCCUCGGCAUGUUUCUCCAUUGAGGCCUACUAGAGAAGCUCCUGUGCAUCCCAACAGAGUUCCAGUACCAGCCUAUGCAGCCAGGCAGCCUCCACAGUUUCCAUCAAGGCCGCCUCCACCACAACCAAAGGUAUCAUCUCAGGGAAAUUUAAUUCCUGCUCGUCCAGCUCCUGCACCGCCAUUAUAUAGCUCCGUCACCUGAGUCCAGAACCUUCUUUUUUAAAUGUCUUUCUUCAGGGAACUGAGCUAAUUUUUUUUUUUUUCGUAAUGUUCUCUUGAAAAGCCUUUCUCUUGCAACUAUGAAUGAAAAUGUGCUGCCACAGAGCAGACUUGACUGAUACAGAAACACAUGGAGUUAGGAGUGGGAAGUCCGUGGAAAUGCAGCCAAGCCAGGGGUUUACUGGAAAAUUUCCAUUUCCAUCAAUAAGUACUCUUCUUUGGUCAGUUGUGAGCUUAAUUCACUUAACAUGGACUAAGUUUCUCAAUUUACUGUAUCUGUGUAACUUUUGUCAAUAGUGCUUAAAUGUAAUCCUGAACUCUUGACCUUAGUUUUGAAAUUUAUGUAGUUUCUUGUUGAACAUAUACUCUAAUGCAUAUGAAAACUAUUAAUUAACUGCCAAUAAUGUUUGAUAUUUUCAUCUUGCAUGGAUUAAUAACUGUUGUAGUCUAGAAUCUUCUGUUAUUCAUCACAUGAAAGCAAAUAUUCUGCAUUCAUCACAGAAUGGACAGGAAUCACAAUUACAGCAUCAUAAUAUUAUGUUGAAAGUACAAAAUACACUAAAAGUGUGUGCAUUCAGUUA